UUUUCUGAUAAAGCCGGGGGUUAGUCGGUUACUCGUUUUGAAAAUAGAUGUUUUUUUACUCCACCAAUGAUCAAUGGUGGACCACCACGCUUUAUGAAGUUUUAUUUAUUAUCAAAUUAAUUUAUUAUAGUCCCGUACUCUGUACUAACACUUGGUAUUAUUAAUAACGAACAGUUUUUUAAAUAUCUCUAUAAAAAAGAAUAGUUAUGGAAACUAAAAAAGAAAUUAAGGGUGAGUUUCUAGAAUGUGAGAAAAAAUUGGUGAUUUUACUAUCCACAGAAAUAGAUCUUGGAGAAUUGAAGGAUGAAGAUAAUUCAAUGGAGACAAGUUUGCCUCAGAACAAGAACAGGAUGGAAAUUACGAAAAUACUUCUUGAACAUUCCUGUCAUCAAACACGUCAGAUAAGCCUUUUAAAUAGAUGUGCGAAAGCUAAAACUGGAGAAAAUUUUUACGAAUGUGAAAUUUGUUUUAAGCAAUUUACUCAAUCGGAUAAUUUGAAACGCCAUAGGAGAAUCCACACUGGAGAAAAACCGUAUAAGUGUGAAAUUUGCUAUAAGAGCUUUUCUCGACGCGAUGACUUGAAAAGACAUUUGAUGACACACACCGGAGAAAAACCUCACAAGUGUGAAACGUGUUUUAAGAAAUUUACUCGAGCAAGUCAUUUGAAAACUCAUGAGAGAACACAUCCAGGAGAAAAACUGUAUAAGUGUGAAAUUUGUCUUAAGCACUUUACUCAAGCAGAUUAUUUGAAAAUUCAUAAAAGAAAACACACAGAAAAAGAGACUUACAAGUGCGAAAUUUGUUUUAAGCAAUUAACUGAAGCAGGUGGUUUAAGAAAACAUUUAAGAAUACAUACUGGGGAGAAACCGUAUAAAUGUGAAAUUUGCUCUAAGCAUUUUGCUCAAGCAAGUCAUUUGAAAAUUCAUAAGAGAACACACACAGGACAAAAAGGAGGAAAACGGUAUAAGUGUGAAAUUUGUUUUAUGCACUUUACUGAAAGCAGAUAUUUAAGAAGACAUUUAAGAAUACACACUGGAGAAAAGCCUUACAAGUGUGAAAUUUGUUUUACGCAAUUUACUCAAUCGGGUAAUUUGAAACGCCAUAGGAGAAUCCACACCGGGGAAAAGCAGUAUAAAUGUCAAAUUUGUCUUAAGUCACUGAAAAUUCAUAAAAAAACACACACAGAAGAAAAGACUUACAAGUGUGAAAUUUGUUUUAAGCAUUUUAGUCGAGAUGAACAUUUAAAAAACCAUCGAAUGGUACACACUGGUGAAAAGCCUUACAAGUGUGAAAUUUGUUUUAAGCAAUUUACUGAAGCAGGGAGUUUAAAAAAACAUUUAAGAAUACACACAGGAGAAAAACCAUAUAAGUGUGAAAUUUGUUUUAAACAAUUUACGGAAUCGAGUAAUUUGAAACGCCAUAGGAGAAUCCACACUGGGGAAAAGCAGUAUAAAUGUCAAAUUUGUCUUAAGCACUUUACUCAAGCAGAUUAUUUGAAAAUUCAUAAAAGAAAACACACAGAAAAAGAGACUUACAAGUGCGAAAUUUGUUUUAAGCAAUUAACUGAAGCAGGUGGUUUAAGAAAACAUUUAAGAAUACAUACUGGGGAGAAACCGUAUAAAUGUGAAAUUUGCUCUAAGCAUUUUGCUCAAGCAAGUCAUUUGAAAAUUCAUAAGAGAACACACACAGGACAAAAAGGAGGAAAACGGUAUAAGUGUGAAAUUUGUUUUAUGCACUUUACUGAAAGCAGAUAUUUAAGAAGACAUUUAAGAAUACACACUGGAGAAAAGCCUUACAAGUGUGAAAUUUGUUUUACGCAAUUUACUCAAUCGGGUAAUUUGAAACGCCAUAGGAGAAUCCACACUGGGGAAAAGCAGUAUAAAUGUCAAAUUUGUCUUAAGCACUUUACUCAAGCAGAUUAUUUGAAAAUUCAUAAAAAAACACACACAUAAGAAGAGACUUACAAGUGUGAAAUUUGUUUUAAGCAUUUUAGUCAAAAUGAAGAUUUAAAAAACCAUUUACUGGUACACACAGAAGAAAAGACUUUCAACUGUGAAAUUUGUUUUAAGCAUUUUAGUCAAAAUGAAGAUUUAAAAAACCAUUUACUGGUACACACAGAAGAAAAGACUUUCAACUGUGAAAUUUGUUUUAAGCAGUUUACUGAAUUGAGUAAUUUGAAACGCCAUAGGAGAAUCCACACUGGAGAAAGGCCGUAUAAAUGUGAAAUUUGUCUUAAGUACUUUACUCGGGCAGAUAAUUUGAAAAUUCAUAAGAAAACACACUGAGAAAAAACCUCACAAGUGUGAACUUUGCUCUAAGCGCUUUUCUCAAAAAUCACAUUUGAUAACACCCUUACUGGCACACCGCACACAAUUAAUUAAAAUGUUUCAAUUGUGAAUUAUUUGAAGCAAUUUACUGUGGUAGAUGGUUUUCGAAUGAGAGACACUGGAGAAAAGUUUUGCAUUGUGAAAAGUUUUAUUAAUAGUAUAUGAGAGAUGUCAAAAAAUAUGAAUUUUUGUCAAGAGUAAAGUAUCUUUAUAUAUUUCACAAGAUUGAAAAUUGUUAUUAUGAAAAUUUAUUUGGACUUAAAAUAAUGUUCUACUGUGCAACUACAUUCUUCUAAUUAAAAAAAAAUUGAAAAUUUCUCAAAUUAUCUCACAUUAAUUUUCUCGAUAUUAUUAGUUUUACGAAAAAAAAGUUAUUCUUUAUAAAAAGUUUUGCAUGGUCUAGAAACUAAGAUACAACCAUAAUUUAUCAAAUUUUAUUAAUUGUAUACAAGGUUUGUCAAAAAAUAUAAAUUUUGUUCAAGAGUAAAAUACCUUUAUAGUUCACAAUAUUUCAAUUAAAAAGAUGUAGGGGAAGGGAGGGCAAGAUGGAAGGCUUAACUUUAUGAUGUGUAAAAAAAUAAAACAACGUAAUACAAAACUUUCAUUUUAAUCAUUCUUGAAAGAGAUCUUAUACAGUUACAAAAGUCAGCCAUUAAAUGUUAUUAAUAAUAAGUAGAAUUUUUUUUAUGAGUAAUUAAAAAAUAAUGUCAAAAAUUCCAUCUUGCCCUUACCCUGAGGGCAGGAUGGAAAGCUUGUUCGGGCAAGAUGGAAUGUAGAGGAAAGCACUACAUUUUACAGUUUACACACAUAAAACUGCCAUCUUCUGUGUCGGUACACAAUUCAUGUGCCCAACCAUUACAUACAGGACAUUGUACCCAGUCCUCUGUGGGUUGUGCCACAUAACGUUCACCACGUACACACAACACAUAAUUUUGUGAAGACUGUUCUAAAUGUUGUACAAUAUUUUUAACUUUUUCUGUUUUUGUCCCUUUUUCUUUACCUUUUCUUUUAUUCUCGCAGGUUCCUAUUUCCUUGCUGUUAUUUUUGCCUAACUAUUAUCUUCCAACUUGCCCUAAGUUGCAAUUUUCCAUCUUGCCCAUUUGCCCCUUUCCAAUAAAAAUAUCAAUAUUUUAAAAAUGCUUUAUUAUUUCUCUUAUUUAAAUAUAAAUUCAGAUAACCUGUACCUAGUAGAUACUUUGUAUAAAUGCAUAAUAAUAAUAUUAUACACCUUGUUUAAAUAAUCGGAUCACAAAAAUUCAAUAAUUGCGUAAUAUUUAACUGCAAAAAUAAGAAGGAAGCGUGUACACUCAUUAGCUGACCUGAACUGAUUGAGCCAUCGUUUGUAAAUGGAAGAGGUUCGCCUGCAUCUGUGUGAGUGUGGAUCCGGGCGCUUUAUUGCGCAGUUCGGGUUUUAUAGGUAAUUUCCAUCUUGCCCUAUCCUUCCAUCUUACCCUCCUUUCCCCUAAUUGUAUACUCAUACAUGUUUUUGAAUUCUGAAUAACUUUUUAUAAUAACAUUUGUCAGUUUACUGAAUUGAGUAAUUUGAAACGCCAUAGGAGAAUCCACACUGGAGAAAGGCCGUAUAAAUGUGAAAUUUGUCUUAAGUACUUUACUCGGGCAGAUAAUUUGAAAAUUCAUAAGAAAACACACUGAGAAAAAACCUCACAAGUGUGAACUUUGCUCUAAGCGCUUUUCUCAAAAAUCACAUUUGAUAACACCCUUACUGGCACACCGCACACAAUUAAUUAAAAUGUUUCAAUUGUGAAUUAUUUGAAGCAAUUUACUGUGGUAGAUGGUUUUCGAAUGAGAGACACUGGAGAAAAGUUUUGCAUUGUGAAAUAAUAUACAAAAUGUAAAAAAAUUGAAAUUUUCUAAUUUUUUUUAUAUUAAUUAUAAUACAUUAUGUGCUAUUGUACUUGUAAUACAUUUGUCUUAUCUUU